CCGGGUCAGACACUCUUGUCAAACGGAGAAUCCACGCGCCCGCAAUUUGAAUCAUUGAUCGUGCGGUGAUCGGCUGAACAUCCUGUGAGCUUCAGCUCGGCGCUCAGCCCAACAACAACAACAAGAGCAGGCCGCAGUAAAGGCCUAGGGUCAGAGAGAAGAGAAAAUACAAGUGCCCAUGAGCUCAGAAUGAUAGGAUGGAAGGAGGGGGGCUCCCCCAGCUGCCAGACACUGUUCUCCUUGAGGUCUUCCUGAAGCUGGAACAUCAAGACGUCCUUGCAGCUGGCACUACAUGCAGACAGUGGUACGGAGUGUCCCGUGAUGAAUUUCUCUGGAAGGACCUCUUUUAUCGUUACUACAAUGUGAAUCGCUCAGUGCCUCGCCACCCAGCUGCAGUUUCAUGGUUGGGUGAAUUUCAGAGACUGUACGACACAAUUCCAUGUGUGGAAGUGGAGACCUUGAAGGAACAUCGUGACCAAGUCUUACAUGUUAGCUUCUCUCAUAAUGGCUACUUAUUUGGAUCCUGUUCCAAGGACUGUUUUGUCAAGGUGUGGAGCAAUGAUUUGGAGAUUUCCGUGUUGCACAGCGCUAACAUGCGCCCCUACAAUUGGAGCUAUACCCAGUUCUCCCAGUUCAAUGCUGAGGAUACCCUCCUCCUCGUCUCUGGCGUCUACAUUGGGCCUCACAGCUCAUCGUCUGGUGAAAUUGCAGUCUUCAGUCUAGAUGACUUCACCUUGCUGUCCAGAGUGAGGAAUAAACCCUACGAUGUCUUUGGUUGUUGGUUAAAUGAAACACAUCUGAUCUCUGGGAACCUACACUGGAUUGGGAAUAUGACGUCUUGCUCAGUGUUAUGGUUAAACAAGGCCUACCAGGAUAUCGAAUCAGAGAAUAUAAAUGUGGUGAAGAGGCUGUUCCAGCUGCAGAAUCUGAAUGCCAGCACCAUUCGCACGGUCAUGGUGGCAGACUGCAGUCGACACGACACUCCCGACCUGCUGCUGGGCUCCGAGGGGCAACCGUGUGACCCAACUCCUCGAGUGUUCGACCUGGGCAGUGACAGUGAGGAUGAGGUUUGCAGCAGAGCAAAGUGCAGGACUGAGAGCCCAGGAGAGGUGACGGUCAGCAGCCAGGAUGACGGACAGAGAGAGGGGAAUGUAUUCUCCAAUGGGGAGCAGCCCCUGAUGGAUGAGAAACAAAUUGAAGCAAGGGUGGCAGAACUUUUUCUACAAGCUAAAAAAAAGCCAGCAGACAUGACCCUCCUGUCUGAACAGCAGACAAAUCCAGACAAAAAGUACUUGAUCUUCACCACAGGAAGCCUUACAUAUACUCCCCAUCAAAUAGGUAUUAAACAAAUUCUGCCUCAACAUAUGACGACAUCAGGACCUGUAUUAGGGGAAGAACGAAGCUCCAAUGAGUUCUUUGAUGCAUUGGACUACACAAUCGAUGUCCAUGGUCACAUUAUAGGCAUGGGUCUGUCUCCAGAUCACAGGUAUUUAUAUGUGAACAGUCGAGCCUGGCCCAAGGGCUGUAUCAUCAGUGAUCCCAUGAACCCCCCACCCAUCGCCGAGGAGAUUGAUAUCCAUGUGUUUGACUUGAAGACAAUGCGGGAAGUCACUCAGACUCUAAGGGCACACACAGCCUACACACCCAAUGAUGAGUGCUUCUUCAUCUUCCUGGAUGUUAGCAGAGAUUAUGUCGCCAGUGGUGCUGAGGACCGGCAUGGCUACAUCUGGGACCGGCACUACAAUAUCUGCUUGGCCAAGCUCCAGCACGAGGAUGUGGUGAACUCUGUGGCCUUCAGUCCCAUGGACCAGGAGAUGUUGAUCACAGCCAGUGAUGACUGCACUUUGAAGGUCUGGCGCUCACCCCGCAUCCUGCGCAUCGUCAGCAACAAACCCAAUCGCAAGAAACUCUCCUUCUUCUGGCUGAGUAAGAAGUGACUCUGGCAGACAUUGAGUGGCUGUGUAUCAACUCAGUCUGUUCAGUAUUGAAAUUCCUGCCUUCAGGAAACGGGCAAGUGGAGGGGAAAAUGUUAAAUCAAACAUGCAUUUAUUUGGCUGUGAGCAUCCUCCUUGUCCCUCUCUGUUUGUUGGGUAUUUCCUCAUGUUUGGGUGAUAUGACACAGAUUGGCCUCCGGCCUCCAGUUACUUGUUUGAUGAGUUGACUCAGCCUCACAGAGUUGUGCCACCAAUUCAGUGAGUGUACCUAUCAGCUGCUUGAACCCUCAUCCAACACUGAGCUAAAUGUUCACCUCAUGCACUGUCACAGACAACACAACAACCCCGACUUCUUGGGCUGGGGCUUCUUCCUUAGGGCUACAACUCUGCUUUAAAAAUUGACUUUGCCUUGUUGUAAUUCUAAUGUAAAACGUAAAAUAAAAAUCUUUAUAUUCUCUACCCCCAAAUCGAUUCAGGAAGACAUGUUAUCACAUGUUCUAAAGUUGCUGUUACAAUGUUGAAAGCAUUGGGCUGGUUACUGAAUCCUCGUCUGUUUAUUUGCCUGUCACAGCCCAGUUUCCUACUUAGAGAGUUCAUUGAUACAGACAGUAACAGUUCACUGUACUGCCCUCCUGUAUUGCACGAGAAUGACUGCGAUACUGAUCUAGCAAGUUAAAGAUCAAACCAGAGCAAAGUAGCAAAAUCCUUAACCUCAGUCUAAUUGAGGUCACAUCUGACAAUUCAAGAUUUUUAAACAAUGCAGAUUCUCAAAUUGCCAAUGAAAAUUUAAUUUCAGUAGAUUCUACCCUGAGAUCUGUGGCUGUUCAUUCAUUAAGUAUAUCCAACGCUUAAUUUUUUUUUCCAGAGUCCAAUACCUAUCAAUCUAAGGACAAGGUGACAGUGAGCUUAGGUCAAAGUUCAGCCAGGCCAAGAAGGAUCAAGGGGCUAAAUGGUCUUCUCCUUUCUGUAAUGUUAGAAGUGACCAUGAAGCUGUUAGAUUGUUAUUAAAAAGAACAACUAGGAGGAAAACCUAACAUCCUUGUCCAGUCUGGCCUUUGUCUGACUAGUUCCUAAGGUGUUAGUCACACAUCAAAAAUAAAUAAACCAGGAUAGCCAAUGGCGGACACACUGAUCCUAAGAAUAAACUUUAACAAUCUCACCGCAGUAAAUUCUAAGCAAGAACUAAAAUUAAAACAUUAAAAGCUGUUGAAUUGAUUAUAUUGAUUCCUUAUCUAUAAGCAGUCACCUUCUCCAGGUAAGUGGAGAUGAUUCUUAAAUGACAGCAACACUUAUGCCUAAUGUCACUGUCCUGAAUAUCUUUCAGUAUUAACACUGCACUAAACCCACCAACUAUUUUUAAAAGUUAACUAUUGCUGCUGGAGUGGUAAAAGGGAACAGGAAGCCUGGACAAUUUCCGAUCAUAGACCAAACCUCAUCCGUUGGUCUGUUAAGCAAAAGGAAGAUGUUCGGAUGAAAUAGCAGAAGUUACUACUACUCCAUUUUAAUCAACCUUCUCUUACAGAGUGCACCAAUAUUUCCCUACCAUAGGACUAUGCCUGAUGAGACAAAAUUGUGGGCAAUUACACUUCUCUCUGUCAUGAGCCGUUGAAAGUGGGGAAAUUCCAGUUUAACUUCCUGUUACCUCAAGGAGCACCUGAAAAUUCUCAGUGACUGUUGUCCUAGCCUAUACUUAAAACUCCAACCAUUAGCCCAAAAAAAAAUCAUUGACUAAGGUUCUUGGUCCCAGCCACCGGUUGCAUGUAGCACAAUAUUCUGUAUGAAAUGAAAAAUAAAUACUUGCAUAGUUAAAAA